CUUCCUCUGAUCGGAUUCUCUUCUCUCUCUCUCUCAUGGUUCCUCGAUUUCCAGCAUGCCUUCUCUACCAAACUUCCCCUUCUGCCUUCUAAGGUGGACUGGACUCUGGCAGCUUCACGGGUCCCGCGGUGAUGGCUGCAGCAAGAGCGAUGGCAGCGAUGAAAACCCAAUUUCAUACUCAGUCGAAUGCUAUGCUUGCACUCAAGUAGGCGUACCGGUAUUCCACUCCACCAGCUGCGACCGUGCUCACCAGCCCGAAUGGGAGGCUUCCGCCGGCUCCUCUCUUGUUCCAAUCCAGGCCCGGAAGAAAACCCCGGCGUCAUCCUCGUCCCGGUACCUUUCCGGGCCAUUCGGGCGCGUGCUGGACCCGCGAAGCAAGCACGUGCAGAAGUGGAACCGCGCGUUGCUGCUGGCCCGCGGCAUGGCGCUGGCCGUCGACCCUCUGUUUUUCUACGCGUUAUCGAUAGGAAGAGACGGGUCACCGUGUCUCUACAUGGAUGGUGGCCUAGCCGCCAUUGUCACGGUGGUUCGCACGUGCAUGGAUGCGGUGCAUUUGUUCCAUCUGUGGCUUCAGUUCAGGCUGGCGUACGUGUCGAGGGAGUCACUCGUUGUUGGGUGCGGCAAACUCGUGUGGGACGCACGUGCCAUCGCCUCCCAUUACGUCCGCUCCCUCAAAGGCUUCUGGUUCGACGCCUUCGUCAUUCUUCCAGUUCCUCAGGCUGUGUUCUGGCUGGUAGUACCAAAAUUGAUCAGGGAAGAACAAAUCAAGCUCAUAAUGACUAUAAUGCUAUUUAUCUUUCUGUUUCAGUUCCUCCCAAAAGUAUACCACAGCAUUUGCAUGAUGAGAACAAUGCAAAAGGUCACUGGUUACAUCUUUGGUACCAUUUGGUGGGGUUUUGGCCUUAAUCUCAUUGCCUAUUUCAUUGCUUCUCAUGUUGCAGGAGGGUGCUGGUAUGUGCUUGCAAUACAGCGUGUUGUCAACUGCCUCCAGAAACAGUGUGAGAGGAAAGGCCAAUACAAUCUCUCUUUGUCCUGCUCCAAGGAGGGGUGUUACCAGUUACUCUUACAGGCAGGAACGAUGGGAAAUCCCUCUGGUGGUAACUCAACAGUAACAGUUAGAAAACCACUGUGCUUGGAGGAUAAUGGACCGUACAAUUAUGGGAUUUAUCAGUGGGCUCUCCCUGUUGUUUCCAGCAACUCUGUUGCGGUAAAGAUCCUUUAUCCCAUCUUCUGGGGCUUAAUGACCCUCAGCACUUUUGGAAAUGAACUUGAACCGACAAGUCACUGGCAGGAAGUGAUAUUCAGUAUAUGCAUUGUUCUUAGUGGAUUAUUGCUCUUCACAUUGUUAAUUGGGAACAUCCAGGUUUUCCUGCAUACAGUCAUGGCAAAGAAGAGGAAAAUGCAGCUGAGAUGCCGGGACAUGGAAUGGUGGAUGAAGCGCAGGCAGUUACCAUCCCGUCUGAGGCAUAGAGUUCGACAAUUUGAACGACAGAAAUGGGCAACAAUGGGAGGGGAAGACGAAAUGGAAUUAAUCCAAGAUCUGCCUGAAGGGCUCAGGAGGGACAUUAAACGUUACCUUUGCCUAGACCUCAUCAAAAAGGUCCCCCUGUUCCACAACCUGGAUGAUCUUAUCCUUGACAACAUCUGUGACCGGGUUAAGCAACUCAUCUUCUCCAAAGAUGAAAAGAUAAUUAGAGAAGGAGAUCCAGUGCAAAGAAUGGUGUUUAUUGUUCACGGACGUGUGAAGCGUAGCCAAUGUCUAAGCAAGGGCAUGGUAGCCACAAGUGUCCUUGAACCAGGAGGCUUUUUGGGCGAUGAGCUACUCUCCUGGUGCCUCCGCCGCCCAUUCAUAGACCGCCUUCCAGCCUCUUCAGCAACAUUUGUCUGUACAGAAUCUAUAGAAGCAUUUGGUCUUGACGCCAGCCACCUCAAAUACAUCACUGACCACUUCAGGUACAAAUUUGCCAACGAGAGGCUUAAGCGGACAGCGAGAUACUAUUCUUCCAAUUGGCGAACAUGGGCAGCAGUGAACAUACAACUUGCCUGGCGACGUCGCAGGAUGAGGACUAGGGGUCCAGUGACUCCUCUGACGGAGAAUGGGGACAGUAAUGAUCGCCGGCUCCUGCAGUAUGCUGCAAUGUUCAUGUCAAUUAGGCCACAUGACCACCUUGAAUGAAGGCUAGUCAUUUUGUACUCAGCACUUGGAAGAAGAUGUCAUUUUUGAGACUGGUUGUAAGAAAAAAGAAUAACUUUUAUAAUUCAACCUGCAUCAGUCUCAUGUUUAUCCGUGGAUCACCAUGGACUACAAUUUCUUUUUGUUCGUCUAAAAUGUUCAUCUUGAGUUAGCUUUUGUUGGUGAAAUUCUCUAAGAAACUUGGGUUCUCCGCUAAGAGGGAACUCCCUAAGAAUCAAGGAAAGCAGCCUUAACCUUCCCUCUAAAGUAAUUGCUUUCUUUUUUCAGUUGAUUUUGUACCCAAUAACUAUUUUUAAUAUAUUCAUACUCUUAAU